UGAACAUUAACAGAACUUUCUUGAAAGAAGAUGAAUGAAUUUAAACAUCAAAUAAAUAAAAUUAUUAAAAAUGAAAGGGGCAUGAGAAGUUAUCGAACCCACGACAUCAAGCUCUACCUACUAAGCUAUUCAGGAAACGGAUACUUUUUAACACACUUUUUACAUAUUCAAAAUAAAGUCUAUAAACAUAACAGUAUCUACUGUGUUGAUGCGACGUUAACAAACAACAAAUAAAAAUAACAAAUAUAUAAAAUCGAAAAAGUAAGAAUAACGCGUACAUCUGGCCAAUGAAACAGCUUGUUUAACCGACACGUCAUUAUUCAGUUUAUUUACUGUUAUUGAGAAAUUAAGAACAAAUAAUAUAUAAAGAAUAUGCAAAUGUUAUAAAAACAAGUUGACUGUGUAUAAUGAAUUUAUAGAAUGAAUGUAAAAUCGAAAAGAGUAUUGCCACGCUAAAGGAAAAGUGCAAAUAAUGGAAAAUUCAAAAGCACACGUCUUCCUCUUAACUAUAACAUUCGUUUUGAUAUUUAUUACUUGUUUACUUACAAAACUUGGUGUUCAUCAUGACACAUUUCUCAAUUAUAAUUCAAAAACGAAAAGUCAAAGUGUUGGAAAAUUGGAAAAUAAAAAAGAAGCGAAAACUGGAAAUACAACUGAAGUAGAGAAAAACGGAACGUGCGAGUUUUGUUUCAAACGUGUUCCAAAUCUCAUUGUACAGUACGGCACACCUCGUACAGCGACAACGUUACAAUUUCAUUUAUUGUGUUUAAUGAUGGCUUUUCUACAUGAGGAUGAGAAGAAUUCUGUCGGAUGUUAUAGUAAUAGGUUUGAAACAAACAAUAAGUAUAGAGUUAUAAAACAACACAGCAUACCCGAUAAAGCGUUGUCUUUCAUACCAUCUGGUUCUUGGGUUUUUAUGACUUCCAAAGGUCCAUUGACAAAGCCAAAACAAGACCAAGUGAGAAAACUGAAACAAAAGCGUAUAGUUAUUCCAUAUAUUGCAGAUGUUAAUCUUGUCUCAAAAAGGGGUCAUUUUAUCGCAUAUGAAUAUCAAAAAUUCUUUGGUUUAUCAGAUGAAAAUAUGACACAUGUCGUGGAAUAUUUGCGAUACUGGGAUAUUCUUCGGGUUUGUUGUGGAAAACAAAUGUCAGCGGAUUGGCGCAAUCAUCUAGCACCUAAGAAAAAUUACAGAAAUCAUCACGACCCUCACAGUCUAUCAUAUCCUGCUUGUGAAAUGUAUAAUAUAAGUAAUGUUGAAGUCCUGCUUCUUAAAACACAUGCAUACAAGACAUUUUCCAGUCACUCUUCAUUAAGGAACUUUCUUGGAAAACCGUCACAAGUUGACGGAACUUUGGAUGGAAGUUACUGCAAACGCUGCAAUGCUAAGAUUUCGAAAUUUAAAUUGUCUUUUAAUCAAAGAUGCGUAUAA